AUGGCUGAAGUGCAUGAAAAUCAAGUUGACAUUAAUGAAGACAAUAAUUCUUUACAUGGGGAGGUGGAGGAGCAGGCUGGAGACAUCAUGGUGGAGCAGUCUGAGGGCAUCAUGGAGGAGCAGGCCGGGGCAGAAGAGCAGGCCGGGGCAGAGGAGGAGGCUGGAGACCUUGAGCAUGCCGAAACAUUUGCAGUAACACCAUCCACAAUAGUGUUAUGGGACUACGCACAAGAGAUCGUGCAAGACAAUAUGGAAUACACGCAAAUUUAUCCACAUGCGCCAUGCCCUGCUCACCCCCCCAUCCAAAUGUCGCGCUGCGAUAAGUACCUCCUAGCAUUGAUGGUGGAGGAUAGGCACGAAGCGAUGAUUCGGCUAUGGCAGGAGUUGAACAAGAUAGAGCACCUGUUGGGUUUGGAGCACAUUUAG